GAGGAUGUGUCUGGUCUUUGCGUCAGCGAAAGUAUGUGUGGAAUGCACUUAUAUCAUCUUGUACUCAUAUUUGUGCUUAUUUUGACAGAGUCUGACAUAUGUAACACAGAGGAGGGCCAGACUUUAGUCUGUCACUAUGGUCAAGAGUAUGCACACUUGGACAGGGUCUGGUGCAAGAAAGACUCUGAGAAGUGCUGUACAGGCUUUGCUUUUGGUAAGAAAAUAAACUUAAUUGACAACGGAAGCGUGGCAAUAACUGACGACAUGGCGAGUGCUUUCACAGUCACCGUGCAAAAACUGAGUCAAGGAGAUGGAGUGUACUGGUGUGGCCUGAUGUUUAAGAAUCAAACCAUCAUCAAGCUGGCAGAGAAAUACUUUCUAAAUGACUAUUUGUCGUACGUGUGGAGCUUUGCACGCUGGAUUCUCUUCCCUAUUCUGCCAUUGUCAUCCUUCAGUACAUGUAUGCUUGCACGCAAAACAGCCAAGCCUGAAAAGGUGGAUGAUGGCACAUACAGUGAAAUCCCCUUGCGUGCCAGAGGCGCAGAUGGUGACGCUGGCAACGCCGUCGCAGAGGAGUGAUGGCUGAGGCAGAGUGGCGGUUGAGCAUCUCCAUCUUAUCAUAAUGUUGCAUCUCUAGUUCAGAGAUUUGUGCUACUAUGUUAAUUGUACUGUUAACGGUGUUUAGACACAUCAGCUAAAAAUUAUAGAAUGUAAUACCAAUUAUAAAUAUAAUAUAACAUUUACCAUGACUUAAUUUUACUUUCAUUAACUUGUGUUCAAUGUUUUCUUAUUUGCCUUUUCAGAAUCUGGCACAAAAAUGCGUGUGCAAUAUUUACCUCUUUAAGUCUACCACAAUAUACCACAAACACUGUUUUGACUGUAAAAAAAAAUGUGCUGGCAUUUAUUUCACAAGUGCAUACACAUGUACUGAUGACAGAAUGUUCUUGAUAUUGAAUAAACGUUAAUUUAGGCUUAACUUCCAAGGAUUCGCUCGGUCUCUGUUGUGAAUAUGAGACUCAUGCACCACGGAGGAGGAUAGUGCAUUAAUUCUUCCAAAUGGACAUUUAGUGGCGUUCAGAGGAAAUGAUUCAAAUGCUUACUGCCAUUUAGGUUGAUGCAUAGCUUCAUAAUAGAAACAAGAGAG